UACGUGCAAAGUCUUCUUCCCCAGUUUUCUUAAUUUGGUAACCCUUGUUGCAGGCGGCUGUUGCUGCUCGGGUCUCUCGUCUCCAUUUUUCCGAUUAAUUCAACUAGGAAGUCAUGUGGUUCAGAAUAGUCAUUUCACGUGCAGCGACAGAGAUAAAGUAAAAAAAGAAAAGUAUAAAGACCCGUGACCUCUCUCUUGCACGGACGUGACACGUGAGCAUGAUUGUACAUUAGAGACGAAGCUUCGUGCCCUCUUUCCUCCUUCCAUAGUUCCAUUACAGUGUUCUUAAGGGCAUUGCUACUUCUUAAAGUUCUUCCCAUAUUUCGUCUCUUCCUUCGUCUGUAUUAUUAACAGACAGCCAAAUCUUUUUUGUCGGUGAAGUUUGGGAGUGGAUGGCUACUUUUCAUACCGUUAAAGAUGCGGUGAAGCUCUUUGACGCAGGUAUUUCUGGAGGAAAACACAUCAACAAGAGACAAGGACAGGGAGUGUUGGUGGAGGAGACAAAUCUCUGUCUCUGGUCUAAAGAGGUUAACAAGUUGAAAGAAAAGAUAAAGAAUGCUGAGAAGACCAAGAUUGAGGCUUUGUUAGAGCUUGAGGAAGCUAAGAACACGGUUGAGCAUCUCAGUCAGAAGCUGGGAAUUAAGCAGACCAUGACAAAUGAUGAGAAAGAUUUAGAUUUGAGUAGUAGUGUAAGAGUUGUGACUUCUGAGCUAUGUGUUGCAAAGGAAUCGAUUCAUAGAGUAGCUGAAGAGGAGAGUGAAUUGUGUAUGUUAAUGGAAUCUCUGAAGCUCGAGCUUCAAAACGUGGAGAAAGAACAUUCAGAGCUCAAAGAGAUUGAGCAAAGAGAGAGGGAUCUAGAAGCCAUUGAGGAUCUGGAUAAGGAAACCAAAGCUGCAAAGGCAGAGCUCUCGCUGUUAGAAGAAGAGCUCAAGAUUGUUCUUUUCGAGGCUCGAGAAGCAAAAGAUGCAGAGGAACACGCCAGGGAACGGCUAAAUGUUGCAGUUUUAGAAUCUGAUUUCAGAUCAUCAGUUGAGGUGAAAGAAAGUGGUGCUGAAGAAUUAACUGAGACAGAAGCUUUAAGAGCUUGCAGAGACGAAACACUCAAGACACUAGAAAUGAGUGAGAGAGAGAUUGAAGAUAUAAAAGCUGCAACACAAGAUGCGUUGAAGAAAGCUGAGAUGGCUCAAGAAGCUACAAUUGCGGUGGAUGUAGAGCUUAAACGACGGCGUAAAGCAGCGAGUAGGAUUUUGGCAGAAUCCAAAAUGUGUGCCAAAUCAACAAAGGAAGUCAUCAAGUCAAAACCAAGAUCAGCUUCAAAAGAAGGUUGUUUGGUCAAGUGUUAGAAGAAUCUUGGUUUCUUUUGUAAUUGUGAAAAUCUGUAACUUAUAUAACUAGAAGAAAUGCCACUUUGUUGGUUGUGGUGCGACCAUUGUAAUCAUUCACUAUCAGCAAUCGUAUAACUAGACAAAAAAACAAAUUGAUGA